GAGAGAGAGAGAGAGAGAGAGAGAGAGAGAGAGAGAGAAAGAGAAAAAGAAAAAGAAAGAGGGGAAAAUUUUUUUGGGAUGGCGACGGAGUCGGAGGGGGAGGAGGAGACGGCGGCGGCAGGGGUUGGGGGGAAGCUGACGGGCAGCCCGCAGCUGGCGGUGGACGGCGGCGAUCUGCGGGAGAUGGCGAAGAAGGCAGCCUGGAGCGUCAGCUCCUGCAAGCCCGGCAACGGCGUCGUCGCCCUCCGCGACGACAACCUCGACACCUACUGGCAAUCGGAUGGAGCACAGCCCCAUCUGGUGAACAUCCAAUUCCAGAGGAAGCUCAAGUUGCAACUUGUGGUUCUGUACGUCGAUUUCAAGCUCGACGAGAGCUACACGCCUAGCAAGAUCUCCGUCCGCGCCGGCGACAGCUUCCACAAUUUGAAGGAAAUAAAGACCGUGGAGCUCGUUAAGCCGGUCGGAUGGGUGCAUAUAUCUUUGUCCGGAACUGAUCCGCGGUGCGUCUUUAGUCCGAGUGGAUGUACCUCUGUGUCGAACAUUGCCUAUUUUUUCGAUAUUAUUUUAGCUGAGCUUCUGGUGAUACUCGCGAAACAUUUAUUCACACCUUUAUGCUCCAACUUGCCAUACUGUCCAAUCACUUGAAUGGGAGGGACACGCACGUUCGCCAGAUCAAAAUAUUUGGGCCUCGACCAAACCCUGUGCCUCGCCAACCAUUUCAUUUCACUUCGAGGGAAUUCAUCACCUACUCGACUCUUAGAUAGCAUUGAUGGCCAUCAAUUACCGGAAAAGCGGCUCUUCCAUCCGUGAACGCGAUUCGUGGAAGCCCUCCAUAGGCAGUUUUUGUCAUGAAGAAUACCUAGAUGGCUAGACCAGAAGAUGUCAGUAUAAGUCGGAAGUUUAUUUGACUUGGAAUGUGUUGACACUUGUGUUCAUUUUUGGUGGUUUUUUUUUGUGUUUUGGAGAAGCAUCAAAGUUUCCAGUGUAGAUUCGACUUAUAUGUUAAUGUAACAUCAUAUUGAUCUUCGACAUAUUCAGUAAGCAAAUUGAGCUUGCCAAUUUUUGGCAAUGAUGUUGUUCUUGCAAGUA